AUGCGUCCUCACCACCUCCUCCUCACUCUCCUAGCGCAGCAUGUCUCCGCGCAAUACAAUUUCACCAUUCCGCCCAUGCUGCGCUUCCAGUGCUCCCAACUCGUCAUCGACCGCAUCGACCCUCUCGUAAACCCCGGGCUAAUUCCAUCGCCCCACCUCCACCAGAUAGUCGGCGGCAACAGUUUUAACGCCACGCUAUCCCACGACCUGCCCUCCGUCUCAACAUGUACAUCCUGCACCUUCGCCGAGGAUUUCAGCAACUACUGGACGGCGGUCAUGUACUUCCGCGCACGCAACGGCACAUACAAACGCGUGCCGCAAUUCACGAGUGAAGGCCUCGCAGGCAAAGGUGGAAUUACAGUUUAUUACAUCCCCGACGCCGAGAACAAAACCAACGUGACCGCAUUCAAGAAGGGUUUCCGUAUGUUGGCCGGAGAUGCAGGCGCCACCACAACCGGGUCCGCCCGCAAAGUCUGCCACAGAUGCAUGCCCGAGGGCGCGGACGCCAUCACGCUCAAUUGCGCGGCGCCAGACUCAGAAGCGUUCCCAACAGGCAUGUGCGGGGGAGGAAUUCGCAGCGUCAUCACGUUCCCGACGUGUUGGGACGGCGUGAAUCUGGAUAGUCCGGAUCAUAGGAGUCAUAUGGCGUAUUCGGCGGGCGUGGUGGGGAAUGAUGUCGGGCCAACGGGGAAGUGUCCGGCGAGUCACCCUGUGGUUGUGCCGCAGGUUAUGUAUGAGGUUAUGUGGGAUGUGAGUUUGUCCGUUUGCGAAAUGGUGGUGUGCGAUGAGACUGAUGAGAUGCAGACGCGACAGUUUAAUGAUCCGGCAAUUUGGCCCGAGGAUGGAUCACAGCCGUUGGUUUGGAGUACGGGUGAUGUGUAA